AUGCCUAAGACAAAAAAGAAAUUCAUAGAUCGGAAGAAAGCAGUAACUUUCAAUCUCGUCCAUCGUUCUCAAAGAGAUCCUUUAGCAGCCGAUGAGACCGCUCCACAGCGUGUUUUGGUGCCCGUCAGCGCUAAUGUCCCUCAGAAGAAAGAAAACCAACCUGAAUUAACCAUUGAACAACGUAGAGAGGAACAAAUGAAAUAUGGGAUAUACUUUGAUGAUGAUUACAAUUACCUUCAACAUCUCAAAGACACAAGAGAAGUUACACUGGUUGUACAGCCUAAACCGAUACACAAAAGGAAGGAAAAAGCUGAAAAGGGAGAAGAACCAUCAUUAAUACCAGUGACUGAGUCCUUGACAUUACCUAGUUCCGUAUUUGCAUCAGAGGUGGAAGAAGACGUAGGUCUACUUAACAAGGCUGCUUCACAAGGUUUAUGUCUUGAUUUGGACCCUGAGGUGGUGGCAGCUUUAGAUGAAGACUUCGACUUUGAAGAUCCAGAUAAUCAGUUAGAAGACAACUUUAUUGAACUGGCCAUGGCUGAAGGUGAUGAUGAGGAAGAUGAUGAGGACUAUGAUGGUGAUAAUAUGUCAGAUGGUGAUCAAUCUGACAAGGCAUUUGCUUCCGAUCUGGACUCUGAUGAUGAUAGUGAUUCACAGGGUGGCAAACCUAUGAGAGGUGGCCGUAUGCCUUUGUGGGAGGCCAGAGACAAAGAUGAUACGAAAUCCCGCUUCUCUCAGUACUCCAUGUCUUCCAGCGUGAUUCGACGAAAUGAGGGACUCACAUUGCUUGACAACAGAUUCGAAAAGAUGUUCGCCGAAUAUGAUGAUACAGAAGUGGGAGCUCUGGACCUCGAAGAGAUAGAAGGGUUUAUGCCUGAAACGCAUGAUAUGUUAUUACAAGCCGCUGAGCAGUUUGAGGAGUCCAAGAGACGGUACCAGCUUGAUAAGGAGAAGGAAAUCGCCAGAAUGCAACGAUUACAAGAAAUAAGUGAGGAAUCCGAUGGAGAUGUGGUGGAUGUAGAAGUAAAACCACAAGUGAAGUGGGACUGUGAAACCAUACUGUCCACAUAUUCUAAUUUGUACAACCAUCCUAAAAUUAUCGACGAGCCUAAGAAGCCAAAGAAAAUACAAAUCCAUCCCAAGAGUGGCAUCCCUAAGGACGUUUUAGGCAACGAUAACAAACUGACGGCCAAGUCUCUGGCUAAGUUUAAUUCUAUGCAACAAGACAGCGACUCCAGCGGCGAUGAGGACGGCAAAACCUGCGCUGAAUCGCUUCUGUCCACACUUAGCGUGUUAUCCAUAAGGCCAAAAGACGAAACACCUGAAGAGAAAAAGGAACGUAAACGUCUACUCAAAGAGUACAGAAAAGAACGAAGAAUAGAGAAGAAAGCCAACAAAGAAGCGUUCAAAGAAGAGAAGAAGAGACAAGAGAAAAUAAUGAUGAACAAUAGAAAUAAUGUUCAAGGGAAUCGAAUAUUAUGA